CAAUUUAUUCAACGGAAUAAACUGGUCACAGUGAUUUUUUUUAAUUCCUGUUAAGAAAUAGCUGUGUAAUCUACAUUUUAUAUUUCAACUGAUAAAACUGAUGCCAUCUAUUGAAAUAGUGGUCAUAGUUACAAUCCAUAGAAAUUUGGUGUUCUUCAAUAAUUUGUUAUUCUUAUUCUAUUAAAGUCUUGUUAUAAUAUAAAUUGUCUUACAAUUUUUUAGCUAAAUCUUGUUAUUGGUAACUAAUAUAGCUCUUAGUGAAAAUGCCUCCCAUAAUACCCAUUCCAAACGAUAUUCCGGAAAAUGGCCCAGAAAAUAGUUCGUCAGAGGUUGAUGCUGGUCUGAAUGUCAACAUUAUGAGUGAUUCUGAUAGUCCUUCAGACGACGAAAAUGUUGGUCAUGAAGGAUAUGAACCACUCUCUCAGGAUCCAGAUUGUUUUAUUGACAACCAAUAUGACAUUGAAGAGGAUGGAAAUUUUUUAGCAGAAGAGAUGUCUGGUGAAAUGGAAAUUAGCAUGAUAAAUCAUCAGUCUUUAUUAAUACAGAAUUCAGUUACUGAUGAAAAAGCUACUGGAAGACUUGUACCCGAGGACAUUAAAAUGGAUGAAGAGCACAUUGAAACCAUAAAAUCAGUGAUGAAAAAUAUUACUCUACCCACUUCAAAUUUACCUCAAUGGGCAAAAAUAGUUCCUGAAGAAGAAUGGAAAACUGCCCUGUUUUCAGAGAUGGUGGUUAAGAAAUGUGAGAAAAGCUCCAACAGGAAACAGAUGUUAGAUGUUUCCUCUAAUAACUGCUCAUUAGAUUUUCAAACUGAAGUUCCUCGAUAGGAAUACUCGUAUAAAUCCGAAUGUAACUUUGAAUGUUUAUUUUGGUUUCUCAUUUUAUUUAUUUAAAAUAUUAUAUAACAGGUUAUGUAUUUGCACUUUAUUCUAUUCAAUAUUUUAUGCUUUCUAUUGAGUUUAUUUACACAUAUUUAACUAGUAGAUAAAUUUUUAUUUCAGUAUUUUACAAGAACUUUUGUUUACUGAUCUAUAUUUAGAUUUUCCUUAUUGUUACUAAUAAUCCUUAUUGUUGUUUCUUAGCAUACCGUUAUAUUUAUUUAAUAAAUAACUAAUAGAAAACUGGUA